AUGGAUGAAGAACUUCAAAAGCAUUUGGAAAUUUCAAGAAACACCAAGUAUCAGUGGAUUGCGUGCAUUUUCAGUUUGGUUAUAUUUUUUGCAAACGGCAUUGUUUUCUAUUGGAUUCCCAGACUUCUUAGAGAUAAAAGAUUUGUAAAGACAAACAGAUUUAAAUCGUAUUUUGCGUUUGUUGACGUUUGGCAAACCAUCAAUACCCCAUUUGCAAUUAAACUUGGAAACAAAAAGUACUACUUCAAACCAAGUAUAGCUGCCUUAUUUGCAUGUUUCAUAUUAUUAAAUGGCAAGUUAUGCUAUAUUGAGACCGACGAUUUGGAUUACAAGCCCCGUGUCUUUAUAAUUGGGAAACGCUGUGCCAGAAUCGCUUUGGGCCAAAUGCCUGCAAUGUUCUUAUCUGUAACCAAAGGCGACUUCAUUACUGCGAUUACGGGUUUGACAUACGAACGUGCUGCAUUUUUACAUGCCUGGUUUGCCAUAUUAAUGUUCCUGAUGAUGACAGCACAUGUUGGAAUAAUCGGGUUUUAUUGGGCUCAUCCAAAUUUUGACAUUGCCCCUAAGUACCCAAAAUAUGUAUAUGGGAUUAUUGGCUACGCAUGUUUUGUGUUCUUGGUAUUUGGCAAUGUAGCGUUGAUUAGACGUUAUGCUUUCGAUUUUUUUAUGGUGAACCAUCGAGUUCAUUCUUUUAUUAUGUUGUUGAUGGCCUUCUUGCACAAUGAUAGAGCUAAAGCCAUGGUCAUUCUUGCCAUUCAUUUGCUAGUUUUGGACAAGGUGUUUGGUAGAAUCUACGGUAUCAUACAUUCUAUGAAAUCUCCAACAAAAGGGUACUCCGAAUUUGAAAUACUAGAUGAUGAGACCGUUCGUGUCAAUAUCCCUGUAAAAACGUCGAAAACUGAUCCAAACCCUUGGUACAGAUUAUUACUAUUCAAAUAUGGCACUUGGUUAGCUGGCCUGCAUGUUUACUUGAAUGUAAGAAAAAUCGAUUUUUUCCAACACCAUCCAUUUGCUAUUGCCAGCUUACCUGAAUCUGGUAAAAUAACUUUGGUUAUUAAAAAGAGAAAUGGGUUCACAAAGAAGUUGUACGAUACAGUUCAAACAAUGCGUGAUCAACAAAUUGCAAAUGGAAUCGAUAGUGAUGCCCCGGAACACAAAAGAGUAUCUAACCCCCAUAUUGUUAAAUUAAAAGCUGCUUUCCGUGGACCCUCACUGGGUAAAUUUCAACCAUUAAUCACGUUUGACUCGGUGGCAUUUCUUGCCCAGGAUUAUGGUGCAUCUUUUGUCUUGCCACUUUGCUUGGAUUUGUUGCAGACUAUUGAAAGAAAGGAAGUGGCUAAGAAUUAUUUGGGAAGGCCAGCUCACCCUUAUUUGAAAGUCUACUGGUCAGUGAAAAAAUUAAAUAACAUCUACUGGUACGAAGAUUUGAUAAAAAAAUUAUUGCCGUUUAUCAAUUCAGGGAAGCUCACCAUGAAUGUGUUUGUGCAAGAAAGUGUUGAGUUUGAAGCUACUAGACUGGUGCCAUCUAAUCACAAUACUAAAAAAUUGGAUAUUGUUUCUGUCACCAGCGAACCCCUGUCAAUUACAAACUCGGAAAUAAAGUUUAUAUACGAGGAGCCAAUGGAGGUAUCGAAAGUAAUUCAGACACAUAUUUCCAGUAUGCAUUUCCCAGAAGAAAAUGGGUUCAGUUCACUUGCUAUAAUGAGUUGUGGACAGGAUAACUUUGGAAGUCAAGUUGAAAGUGAGUCACAAAAGUACCGAUGGGUUGAAGGUGCACCAAAUAUUUAUUUCUAUAAUGAGUCCUACGAAACAUAG